AUGGCACAACAAAAUACAAUGUCUACAAAAAAACAAACUCAACAAUCAUUGACAACAAAAUUACAAACUUCCUUAUCCCAACCAGAACCGAAAAAACAACAAGAAACAAAAUCUCGUCGUCAUCUAACAUUACCAACACUUUCAAAUAAUAAUUAUUCUCAAAGUCCAGCUGAACAAUAUAUUCUAUAUCGAUCACAAAUGUUAAAUAUUUCAAAUGAACAACAAGAUAGUUCACCUGAAACACCAUUAUCUUUUACAGGAACAAAUCUUAGUACAGUUCAAUCUCCAAUGAGUCAUACCGAACGUAUGGAUCAAUGGCAUAAAAAACAAACGAAUGAUUUCCGUAAAAAACACAAACAUCAAUAUGUAUAUGGCUCGCCCUCGUCUUCCUCGUCAAAUCAAACAUUUUCUACAUCUAUGUAUUCUACACCAUCUAUAUCUUCAUCUCAAAGAGACGAGUCUUCAUCAUCUAUUUCUACAGUUAAAAAUGAUAAUAAACCAAAACGAUUUACUGCUGUUUAA